UUUCAUUUUACCUUAGCACCGAAGUAACCAGGGCAACGGCCGCUUCUAUUUGAAGCCAAAUCUAGUAACGUACGUAGCGGGCUAUUCUGCUUAGUUCCAUUUCUGAUUCGGCGUGCAAAAGCAAAGGAUAUCGAACCUGUUUUUGCAAAUCAAUCUCAGGCGUAGUAAAAACCAAUUACUAUCAGGCACAAUCAGUCGGUGAACGUGAAACUGCAAUGAAUACUUCGCAGGGACAGUUUGGUGCGGCUGAAAGAAUAUCAAAAUACUCCGGCAUGGCAACGUUCCCAAGAAAGCCAGUAUCACGAAUAAUGAAAAACCAAGCUGAACGUGUAGAACCAGAUAACGGGAUCAAGGCACCACGAGUAAGGAAAAUCGAAACUGUUCCUUUAGAGCCUAAAAGAGGGAUAAACGCCGCGUCUGUUCCGCAAAUAACGAAAGGUCGGGUUGAACUGAAACUUGGUGCCAAAUACCACUCACAGCAACCAACACCAGAUUCGACAUCGAAGCCACUAGAGCAACCACAGCAACGACAGGAUCCGCAGCAACAGACCAAUGCGCAAGAGAAGGAACAAUUGAAGAACAACAGUGACAUGAUGGCCGUUACACCUUUGUUACCAUCACUCAACGAUAGUUUGGGCCAUGUUCGCGGAGAUACCCUUGCUGCAAGACAGUCGUUCCAUACAGAGGUGGAUCAUCAGAUUGAAACUUUGCGGUCAAAGAUCGCAUCCAUUGCGGAGCAGGCGGAGCAGGGACAAAACCGUAUCGAUUUAGAAAAAGCGAAAGCUGAACGACAGAAAAUGGAUGAGCACUUAUUGAAAACCAUUAGCAUGGAAAGUGUGUUGGAAGAGUUUACUCAAAUGAAUGAGCAAUUUUUAAAGGAGUGGAAUGAAAUCGGUAAGAAAGGUUUUCAAUCCUAA